AUGGGUAAAACAACUCUAGCAAGAGUUGUUUACAGUAUGAUUUCUGAUCAAUUUGAAGCAUGUAGUUUUGUUGCUGAUGUCAGGGAAGUUUAUGAUGAAUUUGGCAUACUUCAGUUACAACAAAAACUCUUGAAUGAUCUUUUGAUUCUAAGAGAUAUGAAUGUAAAAGAUGUUGAUAAUGGACUUUUCAUGAUCAAGAAUAGGUUACGUUACAAAAAGAUUCUUCUCGUUCUUGAUGAUGUAAAUGAAUUAGAUCAGUUGAACAAAUUAGGUGUGAAGCAGGAUUGGUUAGGUCCAGGUAGUAGAGUUAUCAUAACAACAAGAGAUGUGAAGUUGCUAAAUACACAUAAAGUAGAUGGAAUAUAUGAGGUUGAAAUAUUGAAUAAUGAUGAAGCUUUUCAUCUUUUUAAUUUGAAAGCUUUUGACAAAGAGCAUCCCACUAAAGAUUAUCUAGAGCUAUCCCAAGGCUUUGUACAUUAUGCUAAUGGCCUUCCUUUAGCCAUUGAGGUUUUGGGUUCCUUUUUGAACGGAAGAAGUACUUCUGAAUGGAAAAGUGAAUUAGAUAGGCUUGGUGAAUUUCCUGAAAGAAAAAUUCUCAAUGUGCUUCAAAUAAGUUUUGAUGGAUUACAUGAAACAGAGAAGGAAAUUUUCUUGAAUAUUGCAUGCUUCUUUAAUCAUAUAAACUAUGAAACUAUUAUAGCAAUAUUAGAUUGUCUUAGGCUUUACCCUGAAAUUGGAUUAAGGGUUCUUAUUGAAAAAUCUCUCAUCAAGUUGCAAAACAAUCAUUUGUGGAUGCAUAAUUUACUCCAAGAAAUGGGUUGGGAUAUAGGAACAAAAGCAAUUCAAGGCAUAGUCUUAAAGUUACCCAAACCAAAAGAGGUACAUUGGGAUCCUGAAUCCUUUUCAAAGAUGCAUCAUCUGAAGUUCCUCAUAAUUAAAAAUUCUCAGCUUUGCCAUGGUCCCAAACAUCUUCCUAAUGACUUAGGAUUUCUUGAUUGGAGUGGGUAUCCUUCGAAAUCUUUGCCAACAAGUUUCCAACCAAAUGAGUUGAUUGAACUUCACAUGUGUUGUAGCAACAUUGAACGACUUUGGAAAGGAACAAAGUCUUGUGAGAUGUUGAAAUUCAUCAAAUUGAAUAGAUCUCUAAAAUUUUUUGAAACCCCUGACUUCACCAAAAUCCCAAUUCUUGAGAAAUUGAUUCUUGAAGACUGUAUAAAUUUACGAAAGAUACAUCCAUCAAUUGGAGUUCACAAAAAGCUUGCUCUUCUUAAUCUAAAAGGUUGCAAAAACCUUAGAAGUCUUCCAGGAAAGUUUGAAAUGGAGUCUCUUGAGAUCCUUAUUCUUUCUAAAUGCUCAAAUUUAAAAAGAAUUCCAGAAUUUGGGGAGACCAUGAAACGUGUAUCAAAACUUUACUUGGAUGGCACUGCUAUUACAAAACUACCCACAUCAAUUGGAAAUUUGAUUGGCCUUUCUUCAUUGGAUGUAAGAGAUUGCAAAAAUCUUAUGUCUCUUCCUAGCACUUUUUUUAAUAUAAAGUCACUUAAAGAUCUCAAUCUUUUCGGGUGCUCAAAACUACUAGAGAACUUGGGAAAUGCAGAAAGUGUUAAGGAGCUUGAUGUGAACGGCCAGAUGCCUUCUUCUAAUGCUCCUUUCGAAAUUUUUAGAAAAAUAGCUUUUGGUGGAUUUCAAUUCGUCCCUUUUUAUUCAACGUCGAGAAGUUCUGAUCCCAUGGGCUUGCUAUCGUCGUCUCUAUUUGGUUUGUCUUCUUUGACCACAUUGAAUUUAAGUAAUUGCAAUCUCAAGGCAAUCCCCAAUGAUAUUGGUUGCUUAUUCUCUUUACAAGAUUUAGAUCUAAGUGGAAAUAAUUUUGGUGGCCUUCCGGAAAGCAUUGCUCACCUAUCUAUUCUGAAACAUUUGAACGUGAAGAAUUGCACGAGUCUUCGAUCAUUUCCGAAUCUUCCAUUAAGUAUAGCUUAUAUAUGGGGAAAUGGUUGUUCUUCAUUGGAAACAGUACCAAAUCUAUUGAAACCAAAUUCUUCAUGUGAGCCAGAACUUGAACUUUCAAAUUGCAGUAAACUGGCUGACAAUCAAGGCUUCAUUGACUUGUUUUUUGCGGGACUCUCUCCUAAAUAUCAAGAUAAUAUAUAUCAGAUUGUUUUUCCUGGAAGUGAAAUUCCAGAGUGGUUUAGCCAUCAAUGUAUGGGGGAUGAAGUGAAUAUAAUGGAACCUUUUUCUCAUUUGCGUAAUGAAUGGAUAGGAAUUGCUGUUUGUGUUGUAUUUUGUUCUGGUCCACAUUUCCAAAUUUACCAUGAAGAGCAAACUAGUAGAACUUUUGGCUAUUUGACAAUCAAUGGAAAACAAACGUUUAUUGGACUAGUUCUUAAUAAGAUUGUUGAUUUAUCAGAUCAUAUUUGUCUAGAUUAUCGUCUUCCUGAAUCCUGCCUGAAUGAGAAGGAUAGAAAAUCAUUGUGGGAAUGUGAUGCAAAUGGAUUCUGUGAGAUUGUAAUUAAAUUUGAAAACACACGUUCAAUCUUGGUGAAGAAAUGCGGGUUGCGUGUGGUAUGCAAGAAAGACAUUGAAGAUCUUAACUGGGCUAUGGCUGAGUGUAGCAACAACAGCAUUAUUCCUUACAAGGGCUUGGAUAUUCCCCAUCAUUAUUUCGACAAUUCAGCAGUGGUAGUGGAAGGUAACCAAAAGGAUUGA